CCAUUUAUAGCCCCUCCAUUCUCCUCUUCCUGUUCGUCUCUCUUCCUCGCCUGCUCCACAAGACGAAGACUGAAGAAAUAGCCAACCGAACCCUAAAUCGAAGAGCAGUUUGAUCGUAUUUUUUUUUUGGAUGAACGAUCGGCGAUGAGCUGCAACGGGUGUCGAGUUCUUCGAAAGGGAUGCAGCGAAUCCUGCGUUCUGCGGCCGUGUAUUCAGUGGAUCGAGAGCCCGGAGGCUCAGGGCCACGCCACCGUUUUUGUCGCCAAGUUUUUCGGCCGCGCCGGACUCAUGUCUUUCAUCUCCGCCGUACCUGAGACGCAGCGUCCUGCUCUGUUUCAGUCUCUUUUAUAUGAAGCCUGCGGGAGGACUAUCAAUCCGGUGAACGGAGCUGUAGGACUUUUGGCGACGGGGAAUUGGAGUCUCUGUCAGGCGGCGGUCGAUAAGGUGCUCCGUGGUGGAACACUCUCUCCUCAGCCGGAGCUCGCCGGAGCCAAAACUGGAAACUUUUUGACUGAGGCGGAAGGGGACGGGGAAAUCUGCGCCAGACCAAGAAACAACUGGCCGCCUUCUUUCUCUGCGGCUAAGCGGCGAAAGUUUCCCAUCGCCGCGGACCGGACUCAACCGCCGGCCGAUCUCCACCUUUGCCUUACGCAGCGGUCCUCUGCUCCCACCGGCAUGGACGAUAAGCGGCGGCCGGGAUCGCCAUCCAUGAAUUCUGAGGAGUCUGUUACGACUACCGAAGAUAACUUCCAUGAUCGCCGUCCGAGGCUUCUAAAUCUGUUAGUCUGACGAAACUCUUCAGAAAUUUUCACCGAAGGGUUUCCGGCCAUGGAAAGUUAACUGAGGAUCUACAUGUAUCUCUGUGUGCGCGUGUUUGUGCGUUAGUUAUGCGGGUGAAGUUUUGUGGUCUCGUUUCAGAGGCCGUGAGGCGUUUUUUUGUAUGUUUUUUUAACCCCUUUUUCUCUGUACUCCCCACGGCGAGGAUUCCCGUCCGGAAAAUGAUAUCGCCGCCGGCAACUUCAAUAAAUUGAGAAAUAAAUAAUAAUUUCUUAAAA